UUAAAUAACCGCUGAAGAGUUAGUAAACAAAACAAACACGAGCAAAAUAAUAAUAUUUUAUUAAAACUAUUUAAUAUUAAACCUAUGUCAUUUGUUGUAUUUAAUAAAAGUAAUAAUAAUUUACCUUUUACACUCCACCAGAAAAUGUAUGCUAGAAAAAUAUAUAAGUCAGUGUCGAGAAAUAGCGCUCGUAACGAUAUUUUUAGGUUACGACACAAACUAAAUACAGAAAAUGAGAAGAAAGCUCCACAGUCAGCUCCAGAUGUUCUCAAAUACUUAGAUAGUUUUCCAGAGUACUGUACGCUCAAAGAUCAACUUCCAAAAUCAUUACUCAGAAAAUAUAAAACACCUGAGAAUAUGUACCUUAUAAAUAAAAGCACCGCUGAAGAAAUAGUUACUGUAAUGAAAAAGUAUAUUGAGAAAGAUUGUCCAAUAGUAGAAGUUAACCCUGGAUUGGGUUUUAUGACUCGAGAACUUUUAAAACAAUUACCCAAUCAUAUAUACCUAUAUGAAAUGUUAAAUCAUUUUUCUCCACACCUCAAUCAAUUGAAAAGUGCACAUCCAAAUCGAAUAACAUACAGAGUGGCAGAUUUCUUUGGAAUGUGGAAGUUGGCUUUCAAAGACAAACUUGAUCAAGGCAAUAGAAUUAAAGAGUUAUUAGGUGACUUGGCUACUGAUAGUAAUGAUAGGGUUGUAAAGAUAGUAGGAUCAAUGCCAGGGCUAUCUUUUGUGAAACAUAUGAUAAACAACAUUAUUUUCCAUAAUACCACUAGCCAGCUGGGAAGGCCUGAUCUCUUUAUCACAAUGCCUGGAUAUCACUACGAAUUUCUAACAGACAAUGAAAUACAAAUUAACAAACACAAAUCAAUUCCUGCCUUGUUUCAAAUGUUAUUUGAUUAUAAAAUAUUGACAAAUGUGCCUAAAGUUCAUUUUUUACCUUGGACUUACCAUCAAACUGGGAAACGAGUGACAAUGAUGGACGAGCAUCGAUUGUAUCUAGUCAAUAUAACUCAAAAGGAGAAACUACCAUGCCCACCGGAAUACUUGCCACUGCUGUGGUAUUUCUUCAAGCCGCACAUGUUAACAAAGACUACAAAAAUUAUACCUAUGUUGGAGCAGUGGAUACCAGGAUGUGGUGUUUGGCUCAUUUCUGGUCAAGACCCUCCAGACAUAAACAAGGAAAUAGCACCCAACGAAGAUGAUGCUGAACUCCCACACAUGACAAUUUUCACUGAAUUCGGUGAUUUGAAUCUAAGGCAAAAAAUCACAGUAUUUAAAAAAUUUGUAUCAUUGCCAGAGUUUGAACAGUGCCCUUUCAAAGUGACUAUGGAAAGCAAUUUGCCUAAGUUUGUGGUGCCUUUAGACGACGACGACAAGGACAGUAUGGUCACACACAUAGACGAUAUGGAUAAUUCGGAUGUAGAAACUGAAAGUUAAUGAAUAAAACUGUUUAUAAGGAUAAAUUAA